AUGGGCGAAAAGGAGGAUAAGGAGAAAGCUGAGAAGCUGGCUGCGGCAAAAAAGAGGGUUGCGGCGUUACAAAAGAAGAAGAAAGCAGGCGAUAAGGCAGGCACCAAAUCAAAAGAGAAGGUCGACAAAGAUGAGCCCAAGGAGAAGGAAGUGGCCGAUGCUGAGCCCGACGAGCAGGAGGAGCCCAAGGAGGAUACCGUCCCUGCCGCGGAAGAUGAAGUGAAGCCAACAACAGAAGAUCCGGCGGAUGCAGACGAAGCAGACUUCAACGCCGCCAUCGCCGCCGCAGCAAACAACCAACACGAUGAAGCACCCUCAAAAUCACCAGACACAGACACAUUCCCGGACCCCGACGUCGACGAGUCCCAACGACGAAAACAUCCAGGCCGACAAGCCAGCAUCUCCAUUCAAUCCAAGCUGCGAACCACCAGUUUCCGCGACACAGCUGCAGACCUCAAAAGUCCGGGCACUGGAGCACUACAACGAGUGUCGGAGUUGGAACGAGAAAAUGAACGACUUUCAGAAGAGGCUGCAGAGCAUGAAAGGAGUCGGCGGACAGUCGAAGAGCAGCUGGAAGAGCUACGAGAGUCCCAAGCCAGCACCGGCAGUUCAGAGACCGCAGCUCUGAAAGCAGAGAUCGAGAUUCUCAAACGCCAACAACGUACAACAUCCACUCCCACACCCUCCACCACCGGCCGAGCUCCCGACGAGAAAGCGCCGCCAACACACUCGACGACAGUACCGCACCAAUCCUGA